UUUAUCGUUCCAUUGCUUAUUCGAUAUUCGUAAGAUCAUCUUACGACAUUGCACGAGGAAAACAUUAAAACCGAAAGGAAGCACAUUACUUGGUUAAAAUGCUGCGAACCAUUCAAACCCUCCGUGCACCACACCGGUUAUUGAAAUUGUCAAACCAACUGCGUACAGCUGCAACGACUACAAGCGGCAAGGCCGAGGGAACCAUCGCGGACUCGUUCGCUUCUCUAUCUGGUCAACAAUUUGAAGCAUUGGAGCCUCGAUUUGCUACUGUCAAGGAAGACCUCAUCAAAGGUAAUGAGCAAGCAGUCAAAGCAUCUUGGGAGAGAUUGCUCUCGACUUUGAAAAAUGAGGUCAAAGAGAUCAAGCGAAUGGGCUCAUCCAUCGUGCCUCAAAUCGACUUCGAAGACAUCGACAACCCGUCCGAACGUUUCAACAGCGAAUACAGAAAGCGAGGUGUUGCAGUCAUCAAAGGAGCCAUUCCCGAGGCCGAAGCCCUGCAGAUGAAGGAAGACCUGAAAGAGUACAUCAAAGCAAAUCCUCAAACCAAGAGCUUCUCAUCACAAGUCUACGAGCUGUACUGGUCAAAAUCGCAGAUUCGGGCAAGAGGUCAUCCCAAUCUUCUCAAAGCACAACAGUUCUUGCUGAGCUACUGGCACUCGAAGGACCCGAAUGCAUUGUUCUCUGACCUACCAAUCUCAUACUGCGAUAGGCUUCGCAUGCGUGAGCCUGGAGAUGCGAAGUUUGCCCUCGGCCCCCACGUCGACGGAGGUAGCUGUGAGAGAUGGGAAGAGACCGGCUACGGUAAGGGUCAAGUGUACAAGGACAUCUGGCAAGGUGACUGGGAGAAGUACGACCCCUGGGAGUCCAGCAGCCGUCUGCCAGUCGAGUCAGAUCUGUAUCAAGGAGCUGGGGCGUGCAGUGCCUUCAGAGCAGCUCAAGGUUGGUUGAGCAUGUCGCACACCAGUGCUUUCGAAGGCACUCUGCUUGUCAACCCACUUCUUCAGCUUGCCACGGCGUACUUCCUGCUACGCCCGUUUUUCACUCCAAGAACCGGCCCAUCUACUCAGGUCUCCGUCAACGGAGCACUUGAGCAAGCAAAUACCGAAGAGUACCUUUCGCCGGAAAACUGGAAGCUUGAGGACAAGCCAAGCUCGUGGUUGCAGGGAGCCAAUCUCGGACGUGGUCAGGAGCUCAACGCACUACUUCAUCCCCACCUCAACCUGCCUGAGACUAUGGUCCACAUCCCUAAAGUACAACCCGGCGACUAUGUUGUAUGGCACUGCGACGGUAUCCAUGCAGUCGAUAAAACACACGCCGGCAAGAGCGACUCAAGCGUGCUCUACAUCCCUGCCUGCCCGCUUACCGAGCGCAACGCCGAGUACCUGGUCCGUCAGAGAGAUUGCUUCUUGAGAGGUAAGAUACAGCUCAAGCCGUGACCAGAGCCAAUUAUGCUAACAGAAGACAAACAGGCACUCCUUCACCAGACUUCCCUGGCGGCGUCGGCGAAGGCCAGCAUGUCGGUCGCGCGUUUCAAGAAGACAUUGCCGCGGUCUCGGGAGUCGAUGGACUUCGCGCCAUG